AUGAUCGAGAGCCAAGAAAAUCGGUGCUCUGCACCCUUUCAAGAGAAGCACUCAAAGAAACUUACAGAGAUUCCAGCGACACAUUAUGGAAUUAUUGAUAAUUACGGCCGAAAAAACGAAAACUUCCGACCAGGGAGCAAGUGGUGCCAUGCUUGUAAAAGGAAGUUUUACAAAAAAACAGAAGGAGAAAGUGGUAUGGUAAGAAGAAAACGAAGUAAGGUAAAUAUUGGAAAUUCCCUGGUUAGUUUGCAUUUACAUUUUAUCAAGUCAGUAACAAGUACUCACUUUCCCCAACAUGUUCUUGUUACAUUCUUUAUAGAAAAUGGAUAUGAUGACCAGUUUAACGGAAAAGGAGACAGAGUUUUACCAACUUUACCAAAAGGAGGCUGAAAAAUGUCACACCCUGACAACACAAAUUGAGAUGCUGAAACAACAGCUCUCAGGAAUAACAGGUUUUAUUAAUUUACUUUGCAUUGCUGCAAUUAAAUUUUACAUCCCUCAACUAUUUUGCAUUUCCCAUAAAACACAUUUUGUAUUAAACGGUUGGGUUCCUUUAUUUUAGAAUCAACAAUUGACAAGAAGCUAGAGGAAUUUCAAAAGGCUCUUUACAGGCACCAAGUUACCACACCUGACAUAAAGAUUUAUGAUACAGAUUCCAUGAAACAGUUUGUGAAUAAAAACAGCCCUGGACUCUUUCAAGAUCUUCUUACCUGUGUUACAGGAGGUAAAAGCCUGUCUGAGAACAGAAGAAAGCUGCAAGAGCAGAGAGUAGUGGCUGUAAAGAAUUUUAUUGGCUGAAUCCUUCUGUGUAACAAGGCUUGAUGUUCUAAAGGCGGUAAAGCUCAAAAAACUAGUCGGUUCUCUCAAUAAACACUAUCCGUACUCAAGACUACAAUCAAAGUUCUUCUAUGUAACACUACGCCCGGUCACGUAGAUCAGAUAACAUCUAAAUUCUAAAUUAGUCAAAACAACAAAUCUCUGUGCGGUUCCAAGUGUUCAUUUUCCUAGGCUAUUUCCGCUAUUUCUAUUGUUCUAUUAGUUUCAGUUCAGUAUUCAUUGUUCAUAGGCUCGAUUUCUUGACACUCCCCCCUUGACCAACUGCUCACUGUUGGUCAAGAAGUCUCCUGAUCUUGUCUGCAGUAGCUGCUGCUGCUCGUCUCGGUGGUCUCACAAGUUCAGCUGGAUGGUCAGGCUGCUGGACAAUUCCAGCUUCCUCGGUUCCGACGUGUUCGUUUUGAGGCAGGUUUCCGGUGUUCACUUCCAGUGGGACAAGUUUCUGCACUGCUCUCCGCAUCGUUGAGGGCUUUCCUUCUUGCUGAUGGCUCGCAACACAGCACCUCGUUUGUGUCCAUCUUUGCUCUCGAUCAGCUCGGUGAUUUCUCCUAAUCUCCACUUGCACCUCGCUAGACUGUCGUCGUGGAUCAGAACGACGUCUCCAACCUUGACUUCUUUGUUCUGAUUUCCUCUGGUUCCGCAAUAAUGAAAUUCUCUCAGUCCAACAAGGUACUCGUUAGACCAUCGUUUCCAGAAGUGUUCUAGUAGUCUGCUGAGGUAACGCGCUCUCCUUUCAAGGCUGGAGGCGGUUUCUUCAUUAUCGCUUAGCUCGGCGGGGUUUGGUAGUGUGGCAAGUCGUCUUCCAAUGACCAGGUGCGAUGGUGUAAGGGUUCUCUGAUCUGUGAUGUCUGAGUAGACAUAUGUGAGGGGACGUGAGUUUAGUACUCCCUCCACUUCUGUUAAGACUGUAAGUAGCUCUUCAAAGGACAGCUGCGCCUUUCCGAGAACUUUGCGAAGGCUUCUUUUUACUAGUUGUACCAUACGCUCAUAGUAGCCUCCCCCCAUGGGCGCUUUUUCUAGAAUAAACUUCCAAGUGAUCCCUUGGUUGGCGGCAAAAUCUUGCGUUCUCUUGUUCUGAAGUAGUUGUCCUAGCUCCUUGUUGGCUCGCUUGAAGGUCUUCGCGUUGUCGCUUGUUAUGGAGGCUGGUCUCCCACGUCUGGCUAUGAACCUCCGCAAGCAUCUGACGAACGCUUCCGUUGAGAGGUCUGGUGUCAGUUCUAGGUGUAAGGCUCUCGAGGUUGCACAGGUGAAUAGGCAGAUGUACGCUUUCUUCAUCUGUUUAGUAAUGCCGCUGGUGCUUUUCACGUACACAGGGCCGGCGAAAUCCACUCCCACAUGGGUGAAGGCCGGGCUUCCGGAGACUCUUGAUUCAGGUAGGUCAGCGGUCGGUGGUGGUCUGUACGGCACUCCCUCUCUUUUCUUACAAAUAACGCAUUGAUGCAGGAUCCUCUUUACGUACUGCCUCCCUUUGGAAUCCAGAAGUUUGUCCUUACUUCGACUAAAGUUUCCUUCACUCCUCCGUGAUUGGUCUUCCGGUGGCAGGCUUCCACAAUCAGUCUUGUCACGUGAUGCCGCCUCGGUAAUAGUGAGGGGUAACGGGUUUCGGCACUCAACGGGGCGUUUCCAAGUCUGCCUUUGCACUUCAGAAUGGUAUCUUCAUGUCUGAACAGCCCAAGCUGCUGUUUAAGGUUCUCGAAGUUCCUCUCUCUUUUCAAAGGGCUUUUGAACUUCACGGAUCCAAAGUACUUUCCUUCACUGAUUUCUUCAGCUGUAAGGGUGGUCUGUUUACUUUGUGCUUCUCUUCUCUCGGUCUUUGCUGACUUCAGAUUUCUGAUGAACUUCAGGCUGAGAGCUGUUACUCUGAAUAGUUUAGUGGCAUCGCUGAAACGUUCGCAGUCGAUGAUUUCAGCCAGCUUUACAGGAUUGCUAGGCUCUGUGGUCAGGUUAACCAUGGUAGUCACAUUCGAAGGUUUUGUUCCUUUGCUUUAAAUUCCGUCCUGCAUUCUUCUGUCAGAUCUUCUUCUUUUGAGACUUCAGAGGCCGGGUAGUUCUUCGGUGGGCCCUUUAACCAGGCGGGGCCCUCCCACCACAGGCGGUUAUCCACGAGCUCAGAUGCGAGACACCCUCUGGAGCCAACGUCAGCAGGAUUUUCAACUCCAGGACAAUGACGCCAGCUCUUCGCAUCGGUCAACUUGUGGAUCUCGUCUAUGCGGUUCUGCACAAACUGCUUGUAUUCUUUGUUGGACUGUAUCCAGUAGAACACUGUAAUACUGUCGGUCCAACAAAGGACUUCUUUGGUGUUCAAUACCUGGGCUAAGGCUUCUUGUACGGUAGAGAUCAAACGGGCCAGGAUUAGUGCGGCAAGCAGCUCGAGUCUGGGAAUACUCAUAGGCGAAGAUGGCGUAACUCUGCUCUUGGCUGCUACGAGGCUUGUUUUGUAGCCAUCUUCGGUUUCAAUGCACAGGUAGACUACUGCACAAUACGCUCCCUUCGAAGCAUCUCCGAAUCCGUGUAGAGUUGCAAACUUAAUUCUUCUUUCUUCUUCUGGGAAGUAAUAACGAUUCACAGUCAUUUCGCCAACUUUUUCCAGGUCAGUCAGCCACUUUUGUAGGCGGUUUCUUCCAGGUUGAGGGGUGAGGCUGUCCCAUUCACACUUACUUAGACAAAGUUCUUGCAGCAGCAUUCUUAACACCACCAUCACUGGUGAUAUCAGUCCUAGAGGAUCAAACAGUUUGGCUGCAAUUCGGAGAACGUUUCUCUUUGUAGGUUCAGGUUUCUGGCGAAUUCGACGAUCUUAUUCAGCUUCAUAACAAUGGUGUCUUCCUCCAGGUUCCAAUUUGUUCCGAGGACCUUAUGUUCCUUUGUGGGGUCGAUUUCUUCUAGGCCGCCAACGGUGAUCUUUGCGUAAGAUUGUUCUUCGUCUGAUGCGGAUUCUUGUUUCCCAAGACGUUCUCGUUUCAUUCUGUCACUUGAAAUCUUCUCAAUGACUCCUCUUCUGUUCGACGCCCAUUUGCGUAAGUUGAAACGCCCAGCUGCGAAGCAAGAAUUAGUCUCCUUGUAAAUGGAAUACGCUUCUUCAUCGUCUUCGCCGCCAGAUGUCAAAUCAUCCACGUACAGGCCUGCUAGAGUGUACUCUGCUAAGGCUGAGUCAUGUGCAUAGUACUCGGUAACAUGGUGCCGUAGUGUCGCGUUGAGCAGGAACGGAGAACAGUUCAUACCGAAGAUAACUCGGCAGAAGCGAUAGAUCUCAACAUUUGGAUCGUCCUUUGUAACGUCGUCAAUCCACAGAAAUCGCAUCAGGUCUCUUUGCUGCUCAUCCACUGCGAUAUUCAGAAAGGCUUUCUCAAUGUCGGCGACUAAUCCAACUUUAUGGGCUCUGAAACGCAUCAAGAUGUCUGCAAUACCAGGGGUCAGCGGUGGACCAGUGUGAGUGCAAUCGUUCAGGGAAGGACAGCUUGGUUUCACUUUGGCACUUGCGUCAAACACCACUCUCAAUUUAGUCGUUAAGGCGUCGCUUCUGAUAACGGCCUGAUGGGGCAAAUAGUGCGUCUGACCUGGUAACUGUUCUUCGGUUUCAUCCACACGUUCAAUGAUUCCAUGGUGCAGUUGAUCUUGGAAGAUCUGGUCGUACUCUUUCAUGAUAGAAGGCUCUUUUCUUAGACGUCGCACGAGGGAGUUCAGUCUUGCAAGGCUUAGAUCGUAGUUGUCAGGCAGUAGGUCUCGGUUUUCUUUCAAGGAAGCUUCACAGAAUAUCGGUCGUUUGCGAAUGAAAUGUUCUCUAGAAAUGCCUCAUGGACAGUUUCUUUCUCUCUAAUCCCGAUUGAAUCCAGGUCCCAUAGUCGCUGAAGAAGCUCUUCCGUGUGGCAUUCUUUUUCGGUUCGCCGGCAACUUUUAGCACGUGUGUGGAGACAAAAUUGACGCUUGAAAGUUGCGCGCUUUUUCUUCUCGCUGGGGACUGGGCCCGAUAGUACCCAUCCCAGGGUUGUACAGCUCGCCACAGGUCCUUCGCCGUUCUCUCCUCGUCUCGUCUCUCCAGUGAAAAAUAACCACAUGAAAUCAGCGCCGAUUAGCAUGUCAAUUUCUAGAUUUUCGUUUCCAUGGUCACCGUCGGCUAAUUCAAUUUCUGUGAGAUAAGAAAACUGUUCCUUGGCAGUGUCAAUCUCUUGACUUCCGAUUGGUGUGCAAAUGGUCGGUACAACAAAGGCUUCAAUUUCUCGCGAUGACCACAUGUUCACAUUUCUCACGGCAACUUUAACCUUCUCACAUUCCGUUGGUUGCCCGGUGACGCCAGAUCCGAAUGUUUUUAUCAAGAGCGAUUCUUUACUGAUUGUUGGCGAGUUUAGUUGGUCACGUGCGCGUUGAGUAAUGUAACUUUUCUGGCUUCCUGAGUCAAAAAUUACUCUCGCUCUUAUUCCAGUCGAGGUGUUUCCAUUUCCGAUGAAGGCUUGUGCGGUUUGUAGCAAAAUUGAAUCGUGCGAUCCCACGUAAAAGGUUCUUGUUUGUGAGGCUUGCGACGGUUGCCGAUAAGGCCAUGUAUUGGUGGUAUUUCCGUUGUUUUGGCUAACCAUGGAUUCCUGCUGUCGUUGUUGUGGUUUCAUUGCCAUUUCACACAGACUAACGUGAUGUCUCCCAGAACACUUUAAACAAGCCAUAUUUGAUGGGCAAUCUCUCGCAAGAUGGCUUCUUUUUAAGGCAAAUAAAACAACGACCCUGCUUUUUAGGCAUUCUCUCCUCGCUGUUUUGUUUGUCACCACGUGGCAACUUGCUGUUGGGUGCGGUUGCUUGCAAAAUGUGCAAUGUGUUGUAUUUGAAGGCUGGUUUCCGGAAAACAAUGCUGACGCGCUUGUCGGUCCUGAUUUUGGCGAUUUUGCGUUCCUUCGAUCUUCUGGACUGUAUAAAUUUUCCUUUCGGGCCAGGGCCUGCACUCCUCCACAUCUUUCUCUGUUUUCUACUUCACUGCGCAGAAGUCGUAAGAUUUCAGUGAGGUUCCAUUCUCCGUCUUUCAUUUCACGGCCCACUAACAGGCGAAUAUCUUCGGGAAUUUUCGUCAUAAGCACCGGUACGAGAAAACUUCCAUAAGAUUCUGUAGGCACUUCUAACGCUUGUAGGCCUCUUACGUGCGCUUCAAUUUCAUCGUAGGUUUGCCGUAAUUUCCGAACGUCCGAUGUGUUUCCUAAGGGCGUCAGUUUGAGAAGGCCAUCCAUGUGACUGCUUAUGAUUACUUGUUUAUUUCCGAAUCGAUUCUUUAGGAGCUCGAUCGCUGCAUUAUAGUUGGCGUCCGUUAGAGGUAGACCGGCGAUUGUCGCGGCUGCAGAUCCGUUCAAGAGGCUUCUCAAGUAGUUGAACUUGUCGAUGUCGUGCACUUCGGUAUUUUCGUGAACAGCGCUCCUAAAACUAUCCCAAAAUGUCAACCACUGGCUUGGCUCCCCGGAGAAACUCUUUAAACUUAUUCGGGGCAAUUUCGCGUGUUUGUUCGCGCUGCCAGCGCUUUCCGCUUUUGAAACUUGGGUCGGUGAUCCAUUCCCGCUCUGGCUCUUACUUCCAUGGAGCGACAGCACGCUUUCGAUCUCCACGAUAAGCUCCAAUAUUCUCUCGCUAAACCUUCCUGCGUCGGCGAUUUCUUCUUCGAUUUCUUCAUCCUUUUCUAAGGCGCCCAAAAUUGCUUCGUCCAAGUUGCGUAAGAUUUCCAUACGAUCACGAAGCGAAAUUUUGAUUUGUUUCAACUUGUUUUCCUUUGAAGAAUCGAAAUCCUUGAUUAUUUGCUCUGCGUCUCCCAUCAGCUUUGUGGCGUACAAGCGAUGCCCUUGACGCUUCUGUUUGCUUUUUGAGGCCAUUUUCCUAUGAGCUCGUUCAAAUCCGGCUCGUCAAAGGACCAUGUAAAGAAUUUUAUUGGCUGAAUCCUUCUGUGUAACAAGGCUUGAUGUUCUAAAGGCGGUAAAGCUCAAAAAACUAGUCGGUUCUCUCAAUAAACACUAUCCGUACUCAAGACUACAAUCAAAGUUCUUCUAUGUAACACUACGCCCGGUCACGUAGAUCAGAUAACAUCUAAAUUCUAAAUUAGUCAAAACAACAAAUCUCUGUGCGGUUCCAAGUGUUCAUUUUCCUAGGCUAUUUCCGCUAUUUCUAUUGUUCUAUUAGUUUCAGUUCAGUAUUCAUUGUUCAUAGGCUCGAUUUCUUGACAGUGGCUUUACUUCACAUCCUGGCUUAUUUUAGGUAUGUACUUUGAGUUUAGUGAUCUGGGAUAUAAUUUUGCACACAGUCAUUUAUAACUGGUAUAAUAACAUUUGUUUUAUUUGUCACAGAUCACAAAAAACGUCUGCCCUACAGAAGGACAGCGGACUGCAUGCAUCCAACUGUGGCAUGUCAUUACGGGGACUAUCUUCUGGCCAGGUGUUGGGAUACAGCACAACCCCCAGGACAAUACAGCAGUUAAAAGCUAAUUUAAGUGUACAACACACAAGCUUCAUUUGUCAACAAUUUCACAGGGUAAAUGAGGCGAGUCCCUUGGGUGUAAAUAUAUCUAAUAUCUAACAGUUGUGUACCAAUUGCCCAAGAAAAAGCUUUGAAACAAAGAGAAUCAUCAUGAAAUCUCCUCAUACAGUAAAUAACAUUGACACAACAGUUUAUGUGUGUUGUGUUUAAUUUUGCUUUUUGUCUUUCUUAACAGCUGCAAUGCUUUAUAGUUUUAAUGCUUGAUGACUUCCACAACAUCCACUCACUCCAUACACCAUCACAGUUGGUACGGACAAAUGUCAUUCACAUGGCAUCCUGUUUGGCAGAUGUUCAUCCAUCAGUUCAUGCAGUCCCUAGGCCUGCAUUUCCCUUACACAGACAAGUGACAAUAAAUGUAAAUGGAGAGCAGAGGACCUGUGCUGGCGGAAUUGACAUUAAUGAUGUCCUGCAAACAAUAACAAACUCAUUAAGAAAUAUGAAUAAACAGUUCUGGGACCAGCUACCAAGUUACAUGCAAAGCCUUGAUCCAGGAAGACUACAAACAGCACUACAUGAACUAAGGUACACAUUAGUCUUAUUUGUUACCCAUUUAUCACAGAAAAAUGUCUAUUACAAAAGAGAAAGACAACAGGUUAACAGCAAAAAAAAAUUGACUUAAUAAUUGCAAUGAAAUUGUAAAUAUCUGUAAUGUCUGUCUGUUGAACAGGGUGUACUCAGAUCCAACAACACAAGACAUUGAGACGCUCGAGACUUGUAUGCUAGUUGAUGAGUUUCAACAAGAUUUAAAGAGCAUGGAACAUUACAAGAUGGCCCUUGAACGUGUACUGAACAAAUGCCCUCAACUUAACCUGUACAGCAAGAAAUUUGUUGUACCAUUGCCUGCUGACUGGCCAGGGUGGUACUAUCCCAAAAAGCUGAUAGCAAGUGGAUGGAAUCCCAACAUUAGCAUAAUUCCAGAACAAGGGCCAUUUCAUGUGUGUCUGAAUGCUUAUGAAGAUGUUCUUUUGAAUUUUAAAUUUUUUUUUGACAAACUGUUUUCGUAUGUUUUUGGAGGUACUUUGGCAUCGAAACCCAAACCAUACCAGACAUCCCUGUGUGUUACUGCUGCCUUACUUGGUUGGCAACUGAUACGACAAAAGGUACUGGAAAAGUUUGGAAAGUGCAAGCAACAUGAAUUUGUCACCAUUCUACACUUGCUUGAACAUGUUUUGCCCCUUGUGUUCUACCAGUAUAACAUUUUCAGAAGUGGUGACUUAAAGUUGUAUGAGAAAGUUAUGGCACAAAUAGCUAUAAUUUUCAUAUGCUGGAAAAGGAGACAUUAUGACAAAUCAACCUUGUCAUUUUUGAGUGAUUGUGCAUACCAGUGCAAACAUCUUCCAGAAUACUGGUCAAAGAAGGCAAGUGUUCUCAAACUGAUCACAGAAAAGAAUGUUGAAGUUUGGCACUCUGUACUGCGAAGAAACACUGAGAAGUUUGACGAUGCAAAAAGCAUUGAAGACACAGCAAAGUCUAUCGCAUCAUCAGGUUUUUUAAAUGAUUUUAUACAGUCCUUUGUUCCUCAAUACCACCGCGGUCAUGCUGAACCAAACUUAUGGCUUAUCGCAGGAAGACAGCAGAAUUCUUACUUGAACUGUUUAGGAAUGUCUCAAGAAACUGUCAGAAAUCACACCAGGUAACACUCCUAAGGCAAAAACAUAUCACAAAUAAUUAUUUAUAAUUAUUACAUUGUUUCUGGCAAGUAAAUACAGUGAACUAUAAAGUUUUAAAGGUGCCCAUAACACAGGUACCAUACGGCUUGAUAAGGAACUGGCCCUAUGUUCUUAAUAACUGAAAAAGAGAUGACACUGACAAUACUUCAUCUGAAAAGUAAUUAUCAGUUUUUGCUCUAAUAAUCAAAAGAAUUGGUAAAAAGUUAUACAGUCAAUCCACAGAGUAAGAAAACAAAGUUGUGAACUAAAACUAAAGUAAAGAAGCACAAUAAAAUAUGCAAAAUGCAUUGUGCACACACCUGUAAGUACACUUCAGUGUAUUCAUAUUCUACUGACCUCAUUUGGUUUUGUCUUUUUAGGUCGAACGCUCCCUUGCAAAUAAUGGAAGACCAAAGGGAAAGCCACAGUAUUAUCUCCCAACGUUUGACACAAUAG